ACGCGACAAUGGCGACCUGAAAGCCUGGCGUGCGCUUCUUUGCUCCAUAUACUUUUGACAUCUCACCACUGUUUACUGUGCUCUUUCUGUAUAUUCGUGAAUGUGAAAUACAUUCGUAAUAUCAUAAAAUAUGUGACUGGUGAAGUGGAAAAACAAAAAACGAAAAAUUGUGCAGAUCCAGCUAGUUAGGCGUACGACACAAUUCAAUGGUGUUGGUCCCUGCCGAAAAAACGGGAAAGCCAUGUAUAUGUCGAUAUCUUACCAACUAUAAUGUGCUGUGGAGCAGUAGCGAAGACUUAUCACCAAAAUCUAUUGUGGUGCUGAUACGGCAUGUUAAAAUAAGGGAAGCGAACGAGGGAGAUGAGCCACAAUAUUGCAGGCAUGCCACCCUUCGCAAGGAUGCCUUUGGGGGGUAUGGGUAUGGGUGUGAAUAUGGGUCCUAGUGCCCCACAUCCUGAAUCUUCUGCUCACCCUCAUCCUCCACCACCACCACCUACCGGUGCCAAUCCAAAAAAGAAAAGACGUACAAAUGCAAAUGUUGCUCAACCACCUCCACAGCAACCUCCAACAGUGCAGGAUUUACUACCUCCACCUUUAACUGGUUAUGGGGAUACAAUAGUAGCAAGUAAUCCUUUUGACGACACACCACCACAAACUACGCAAACACCAAUGAUGCAUGGGGGACCACCACAUAUGCAUCCCCAUCACCCACAUCAUAUGAGUGGACCACCUAUGAGAGGCAUGAGCCCUUUAACUUCUAUAGGAGGAAUGAGUCCUAUGAUGCCUCACAACAUGGGAAGCAUGAGCCCAAUGGGAAACUCACCCAUGACAAAUCAUAUGAAUCAUAUGGGAGCUAUGUCUCCUAUGAAUCAUGCACCAAUCGGUGGCAUGAGUCCAAUGAAUAACAUGGGCCCGAGUAUGCCACCUGGUCCAAUGAAUACUAUGAACAAUCAUAUGAAUAUGAGUCACAUGGGUAAUUCCCAACUUAGUGGUCCACCUAUGGGUAGUCCAAUGAAUAAUAUGAACAGUGGUCCAAUGGGUAGCCCGAUGAAUAACAUGGGUCAUAGCAUGGGAAGUCCUAUGGGUGGCCCGUUAGGAUCUCCUAUGAACACAAUGGGAGGAUCAAAUCAUAUGCCUAAUGGACCAAUGAGUAUAAACAAUAUUAAUAGCCAUAUACCACCCAAUAGCCCACUGAAUGGGCCAUCUAUGAACAGUGUAAACAGUCCACUGGGACACAAUGGAUCUCAACCACAUCCAAAUCACAUGGGAAAUAAUCUUAAUAACUUAGGUAGGCCCAUGAAUGGACCUAUGACUACCAUGAGCUCUAUGGUAUCCAAUAAUAUGAAUAUGAGCGGCCCAAAUCAAAUAAGUAGUAUGAAUAUGGGUGGACCACCAAUGAAUAACAUGUCUAAUAUGAGUAUUAGUCAUCACAAUCAAAUGAGUCACAUGGGUGGCCCAAUGGGUACAAUGACUAGCAAUAUAGGCGGUGGUCCACCAAUGGGCCAUCCCAUCAAUAUGGGAGGAUCCAUGCCACCUCAUGGUUUUCAAGGUCCACCGGGAAUGGGACCAAAACCAAUGCCGGUUUCUGCAGGAAAGAUAUAUCCUCCAGAUCAAUCUAUGGUGUUUAAUCCGCAAAAUCCUAAUGCUCCACCUAUUUAUCCUUGUGGAGUAUGUCACAAAGAAGUGCAUGAUAACGAUCAGGCAAUCCUUUGUGAGUCAGGUUGUAAUUUUUGGUUUCACAGGGGAUGCACAGGAUUAUCGGAAACUGCCUAUCAAUUUUUAACGGCAGAAGUAUAUGCAGAAUGGGUGUGUGAUAAGUGCUUGCAAUCGAAAAAUAUACCUUUGGUUAAGUUUAAACCAUAACACUUCUUGACUCGUCGUAUAUGCGACACACGAGUGACUCUUUGUUAGCGUUUACACCUUGUACACGCACACAUACGUGUGCAGUUGCACACACAUAAACACAUACGGCAUACACUAAUGCACGAGCGAAGUCGUGCAUAUAAUAUAAACAUGCGCUGUUUGUUAAUAUCUUAGCUUUAACUUGUUGAAAUAUUAGGGUAUCACUAUGAGUCGUAUUGAUGAAUGAGAUGGCAGAAACGACAUAUGUUCGAAAGUUGCAUUACUUUAUAAGUCUGUUUAUGACAAGUGGAUUCGCCUGUUUAAAAAAAUGACAUCAUUUGACCUCCGAUGUUACUAAUUUGUUUUCUAUCGUCGUAACGUUGAAUACUACAUACGAAACGAGUCCAGGGGGCAUAUACAUUUUAAAAGAAAAAAAUUUGUUCGAAUAUUAAAAAUUGUACAAUCGCUGAUGACCUCAUUUGAUUUCUUACUUUCAGUUGCAUUUAAUUCAAAAUUAAAGAGUCCGUUCUACACGCGAAAUAAAAGAAAGGAAAAACGGAAAUGUACGUAUAUGUGAUCGACGGUGAAAAUUGCUGGAACUGCAUA